AUGCCAUAUGAUCAGGUGAUUCAAGAUAAGCCAAAUGAUGAAAUAAUGUUUGCUUUGGCAAUGGGCCCAUCUAAGAGAGUGCGUACUUGGAGCCAAUUCUAUGUGAACGGAUACAAACUCCAAACUUUUGGCCAUGGAAAACAGAAGUUAACCAUGAAUCAUGGAGUAAGCGUAUCCAAUGAAGAUGGUGGAGAUUAUUUUGAAACCACUGCUGACAUUCCAACUCUUUGUGCUCCGGAUGACAUUCUAGACUAUGAAGGUGAUGAAGAUGGAGUUGGAGAUUCGAAUACUGAUGAUGAAGUGUUGCCCGAUGCCCCUCCAGAUGAGUCCAGUUUCGAAUCUACUGAUAGUGACGACGAGGAUGAGGAUGACGGAUUUUGGGAUGACGAUACUGAUGAUGAUCUUAAUGCUGAUGGGGAGGGUGAUUCAACUGAGAUUUAG